GAGUGAGGCGACUCCUCCCUCUUAUGUCUCUCUCAUCAUGGCUCCGGCGGCGGACAGGACGGGCUACUGGGGAACACCGACCUCAACUCUCGACUGGUGCGAGGAGAAUUAUGUGGUCUCGUAUUAUAUCGCAGAAUUCUGGAAUACUGUCAGUAACCUGAUAAUGAUCCUACCUCCCAUUUAUGGGGCCAUUCAGACGUGUAAAGAAGGUUUGGAAGUACGCUAUGUGUGGUCCUUUUUAGGACUUGCUGCCGUAGGAAUUGGUUCAUGGUGCUUCCACAUGACACUACAGUAUGAAAUGCAGUUACUGGAUGAGCUGCCAAUGAUCUACAGCUGCUGCAUCUUUGUCUACUGUCUAUAUGAAUGCUUCAAGCAAGAGCGUGCUGUUAACUAUUUGUCAAUUACACUUUUGCUGACCUUCAGUAUUAUCGUUAGCGUGGUUUACCUGAUAUGGAAGGAGCCUGUGUUUCAUCAGGUCAUGUACGCUGCGCUUGUGGCUUUCUUGGUGAUUCGCUCCGUUUUCAUAGUCACAUGGGUAUAUCCGUGGCUCAGAGCCCUCGGCUUUACAUCAUUAAGUGUCUUCCUGUUGGGAUUCGUAUUAUGGAACAUUGAUAAUAUCUUUUGUGACUCUCUAAGAGCAACACGGCAGAGGCUGCCCCCUGUGGUCGGAGCAGUUACGCAGCUUCAUGCCUGGUGGCACAUUCUAACAGGCCUGGGUUCAUAUUUACACAUUCUCCUCAGCCUUCAGAUUCGUUCAACCUACCUCAAGCGCAAACCAAAAGUGAAGUUUUUAUGUGGCGUAUGGCCGAUGCUGCACAUUGAAUCUCAGAAGGCAAGUUGAAAACGACCUGAGAAGAGGAAGAUGGACCAAUCACAGACCUCAGACAGACAGAGGUCCAGCCAGUGAGCUUCAGUGGGAGCAGGAAGUGACGAACGGUUGUCGGUUUUGUUCCCCCGUUCCUGUGUUCCCCUUUCCACUCCGUUUGCCAAGUGCAUUACUGAGAAAGCUGCCAAAAGAUGGAAAGCUUUUGUCAUUGUUAUAGGUUAGAUGAGCGGUUUGUGAUUUUGCACACUAUAAUAUGUAUUAAAAAAUAUUCUUUAAAUCUGAGGGUCUAAUAAGCGAGAAAGGAGCGGACAAAACUAGGAUUUGAUUCUGGCCAGUAUUUCUUUGUUGCCUUCAUGAGGGAAACUAAUAUAGCUUGGAUCAUAUCUAGUCAGACUGGUCGUCUUAUAUGUUGUACUUGAAUUUAAUGUACCUAACCUGAGAUUAUGUUAUGUUUUUUACUUAUCCCAACAUUUUUAGAGAUUGUGAAUAUCAAAUUAAACAGAUCAGAAAAACGAUUACGUUUUAAUAAAUUGGGAGUAAAGAAUGAUCUUUUUCAUCCUGAAGAUGAGGAUGAGAAAUUGCUGUUAUAUGUUUUACUGUAAUAAUGGUCAUUAAGCCACUCACUUAUGAAUCAGCGUUCUUGAACAAAUUGUUCAAUUAAUGAUUCAGCGACUCACUCCUCACGACUGUUUUUUAACGAAUCACUUACAGGACCGACUUAAAACUAUUGAUUCAAGGACACUGUUGUAUAAAAAUAAAUAUUUAAGCAUGAUUUUUGCAAUUCAACCAUUUCAAGCCUCUCAUGUCACCAGUAUGUAAUUGAAUUGAUUUCAUUUAUUUUCAUUUUUGGUAAACUAAUUAUGAAUAGAGUGUUAACAUGAACAUUUUGAAGGAGUUAUUAUGAGUGCUAAUUACAUUGAGCUGAGAUAAGAUAUAAAAAUGCUGUUACUCAGUCUGAUUGAAAUCAAAUAAAAACCUACUAUCAUUAGUAGGCUAAAUGAAUGUCUCAUAAGCUAGAUAGGCCUAUCUAUUAUGCUCUCUAUUGUUAAUUAAAAUUGACUACUUUAACUGCUACAGACAGCGCUCGCGAUCAGAAAAACAACAGUGAAAUGGGGUUAUGUGUGAAGACAUGUUAGCUAUUAAUAUCGAUUCAUUAUUUGGUUUAUGUAUUAUGCUUAUAGUUAAUGGUUCACCUAGAACACAUUCAUCUCUACGUGAAGCACAGUUGAUAAAAAGAAAAUCUCACAUAAUCCGUUGAGGCGUGAGGCACAGUGUUCCCGUAAAGUCUUGUUUGUAUCAUUGAGGGUGCCUUAGAUUAAACUGUAGUUUGUUCCUUGUUGCCUUGAUUUCCAUUAUAUUAAAUAUAUGGUGUCACACAUCUAAUGAUACGAAUAAAAGUAAGAGGUCAGUAUUUUCUCUUAGUGUACAGUAUAAAUGAACUAACAACAGCAAAAAUACUGGCGCUGUCACUGCAUGCAUUAUAUUGCCUAAAUCCACUGACUCAGUUCUUUAGAUAAUAGGCAAUACAUUUUUGGACCUCUAAUCAUGCUUAAUGACUGAAAUUAUGAGUUAUAAUAAUGGAAUAUUGUGACUAACCCUCCCAGCAUUGUCCUGUAAAAGCUGUUUAAUGAUGGAUGUGUGUUUUUUUUGUGUGUUUAGUGUGUGACUUGUAAAGAUUUGUUGCCAAAACAUUAAACAUUGUUUUGAUUGAU